AUGAUUUCAACAAUCGGCACAACAACAAUACAAACAACUACAGCACCAAACUCGUUAGUUAUGAAUCCUACGUCAAUGUUAGUAGAGAUGAAAAACUUCAUUCCUUCUUCAUAUACUUUCGAAACAAAAAUCCAGAAGAUAAAGCAAGAACUUUUAACAAGUAAUUUAGACUGUAGUGCGAAAGAUGAAACAAAUGAACAGUAUCUUUAUGAAAUGCAGGACAUUAUUGACCAUUUACCCAAAUUGCCUGAAAUCCAACAGCAAAAACUAACUAUUCCUGAAUUCGACGAAAUAGAAGUCAAAGCAACUGACUCAGUAGAAAUAAAGAAAUUCAUACGUAAAGUAAAUUAUGAAUUCCUUGGUUUUCAUUGCAACCAUAAAGUUAUGGACAAAGAUUGCGACAUGUUAUAUAAGAACAUCUCUGACAUAUAUAAAUCCGAAGAAUUUAAGACAUACGACAACUUUGUUUCAUUAGUUGCAAAAUGUGUUUGGGAAAUAAGAGAUAAAGAUAGAAGAGGUAAGGUAUGGCAUGAACAGUUAAAACCAGCAGCUUUUGAGUUAAAGAAAACCAUUGACGCUUUAGUUGUUUUAGCUGGUAAUGUUUCAAUGUAUAACGCAAAAAUGAACCCGCAAUGUUCUAAAUGUAAAGCAGCAAUGAGGAAAUAUAACUACUCCGUCAAAGAGAUAGAAAG